CGGUCAGCUUAUAGUGGGAUCUGAAAAAUUAGGGUUUGAAGAGAUAAUACAGUUUGGUGAUAUGGGGGACUCUUCGCCAGAAUAUGAUCCUGAUUAUGCCCGAUUCGCAGCGGAGAUCCGAGCGCUAUUGAAGGAGAACGGAGAAGAUAAACAAACGUUCUCCGCCUCCUAUGAUCCGGCUGAUGGAGGGUGGUCCACUUACGUUACAGAUGCCAACGCUUUUUUUGCUGGUAGGAGGAUAAAACCUAAAGCUUGGCGCGUUCAUUAUGACCGAGGCCUCUGCGCUAGACUUGCAUUCUACUGUUACAAUCUUCAGAAGGGCACAGCUUACGAUUUUCGGGUUAUCAGUCAGAUACAUGAGCAGAAUCGCCUUUCCUUCACCAAGUCUUUCAUAACAUUUGAUGCUGUUAAUCCAUCCGACCUUUCUCUACUCACUUUCGAGACCUGUGUUAAGCAUAUCGAUGAUCAAGUUACACACUGCCCUAACUUGUGGUGGGAGACUCACAUUUGCAGGGUGGAAGGUAGCGAAGAGGCUGAUUAUGAGUGGAACGAUGGAGCAGUAAAUGAUUAUUACAAAGGUGAAAUGCCUAAAUGGCUGUCUAAUGAAAAUCAGCAACGAUGCUAUGUGGUUAAACAAUCAGAGCUUCAUGACGAGAAAAACGGUUGGCUGACUCUCUUAACUGAGUUUGCCUUCUUCACGAAAUGGAAUGGACCGCUCAGUCCCGGAGAGAUUGAGGAUUGCCGACCUUUGAUUACUCAACAUGUGGUUGUGGAAACUCUUGAUGAAGAAGGUGAGAAAGAGCCGAGUGAUAAGCUCAAUGCGGCCAAUGCAAUCUUCUACAUAAUUUUUGAGUGCGUGGAGGAUCCAACAAUAGGUCGUUAUAGGGCGGUUGUACGGAAGACGAUGGAUGGGAAACCGGGGCACAUGCGCCUCGAGGUUACGUGUUCGAAAGUCUGAUCUCGAGAAACGGAGGAAU